AUGAAGCUCAUGACAACAAUCGCCACUUGCUUAGUACUUUGGUCCUUGAUGUUACUAUCAUUUUCGAACAUCUUCAACAACCAGCUUCAUGAUGCUGAAACCAACGGUUCAAAGAAGUUUGGAAAACCAAGGGAUAAACUGCGAGGAGGUCGUCUCACUUCAGACUUUGAUGAAGAAUCUUGUUUGAGUAGGUAUCAGUCUUCCUUGUAUCGCAAGCCAUCACCAUUCAAGCCAUCUGGAUAUCUUGUUUCUAAGCUUAGGAGCUACGAGAUGAUUCACAAGCGUUGCGGUCCAGGAACAGAUGCUUACAAGAGAUCUACAUAG